UUUUCUGAUGUUAAACUCACUUUCUCUCUCUUCUUUGUUUGUUCAUUUUUGUUGUUUCUCUCACCAAAAAAAAGUCCAUCAAAUACAAAAACCCUAAACAGGGGUUCUUGUAAUAAGAAGAGGGGAAGAAACCCUUUUUGUUAAAUAGCCGCCGGAAUUGAUCUCAGCCGUUGAAAAUAUCAUCUCCGAUCUUCUAUAAACCAAAAUUUCUUUCACCCAUAAAUAUUUUCUCUCUCUAAUAUUUUUCACUCUUUUUGCAGAAACUUCUCUUAUUUUUUUUGGUGGAAUGUGAUAGAAAUUUUCAGAAAUGGGGUAUGCUGUAGCUUGAUCAUCUUCCGAUCAACAAAACCCAGAUAAUCUUUUUCUUUACCCAGCUUUGAUUUUGUUAAUUAUUGAUUAAGUUGAAGUUAAAAACAUAAUUGGGAAGAAAAAGAUUGAUGCUUGAUCACUAAUAAUUAUAUGAUUUUGAGUUUUAUUGUGUGUUUAGGUGAUUAGAGUGCAUAAAUUAAGACCUGGGUGUAGCUGUAAAUAAUCUAUAUAUAUGUUAUUAGGGUGUUUAGGGUUUUGGAAAGUUUUCAACUUUGAUAUUUUGUUGUUAGGGUUUCUAGGGUUUGUGGGUUAGGUAAAAAUUUGAAGUUUAAUUGUGUUUGUGGGUGUGAUAAUGUUAUCUGAAUUGGGAAGAAGACCAAUGAUUGGUGGGAACAAUGAGGGAACAUAUGGGGAUGAAUUAGAAAUGGAGAUAGGGAUGUUGCUCCGUGAGCAGAGGCGGCAGCAAGAGCCCGCCGAUGAUCGCGAGCGCGACCUUAAUAUAUAUCGGAGUGGUUCUGCACCUCCUACUGUGGAGGGCUCAUUGAGUGCAGUAGGAGGGAUAUUUGGGAACACUGAUGCUUUUUCUGAAUUUGUUCAGAGUAAGAAUGACAAUGGGGUAAUGUCUGAAGAGGAGCUUAGGUCUGAUCCUGCGUAUUUAUCGUAUUAUUAUUCGAAUGUUAACUUAAAUCCUAGGUUGCCCCCGCCCCUUUUGUCGAAGGAAGAUUGGAGGUUUGCACAAAGAUUGCAAGGUGGGAGCUCGGUGUUGGGCGGAAUUGGGGAUAAGAGGAAAGUGAAUAAGACCGAGAAUGGGCCGGCUAGGUCGCCCUAUUUGAUGCCCCCUGGAUUUAGUUCGAAGAAAGAGGAAAGGGAGGCUGAUCCGGAGAAAGUCCAGGGCUCAGCUGAUUGGGGUAAGGACGGACUACCAGGAUUGCCGGGUAUCGGGGGUAUCGGGCUUGGCGCUAAGCAGAAGAGUCUGGCGGAGAUAUUUCAGAAUGAUUUGGGACGUUCUAAUCCUCCCUCAAGGCACCCCUCUCGUCCUGCUAGCCGCAAUGCUUUUGAUGAAAAUGUUGAGACAUUAGGAUCAGCUGAAGCUGAGCUGGCCCUUUUGAGACGUGAAGGUUCAAAUGUUCAGGGUUCUUCUGCCUCCCAGAAUCUUACUUCACCUGCUUCCUAUUCCUAUGCUGCUGCAUUGGGCUCAUCCUUGUCAAGAAGCACUACACCUGAUCCUCAACAUAUAGCUCGAGCUCCAAGUCCUUGCCCUACACCUAUUGGUGAGGGCAGAGCUGGAGCAUCAAAGAAGAGUGCAGCUGGUCCAAACUCAUUCAACGGCAUGUCAUCAGGAAUGAGUGACCCUUCUGAUCUGGUAGCUGCUUUCUCUGGCAUGAAUCUCAAGACAAACGGUAAUCUUGACAAUGGAAUUCAUUUGCCAUCACAGAUUGAACAAGACGGUUCUGAUAGUCAAAACUAUAUGUUCAAUAUGCCAAGUGGUCAUGAGCAUGUUAAGCAACAUUCAUCAUAUAUGAAUAAGUCUGAUUCGAGUCAUUUGCAUAUGCCAUCUGCUACUCACCCAGCUGCUAGAGGUAAUAUGGGUGGCUCUGAUCUGAGGAGCCCCCAGGCUGAGCGUCCAAAGCCUGGUUUUAGUUCUGGUGUCCCAUAUUCUAAGGGAUCAUCUCCAUCCUAUCUAAACGGAGGCGGCUUGUCUCCUCAUUAUACUCAUAUGGAUGGAAAUAGCUCAUCAUAUGCAAAUUAUGGCUUGAGUGGGUUUUCCUUGAACUCACCUGUCCCAUCUAUGAUGGGAAACCAACUUGGCAACUUCAAUCUCCCCCCAUUACUGGAGAAUGUUGCUGCAGCUUCGGCUAUGGGAGUCCAUGGGCUUGAUUCAAGAGUUAUGGCUGGUGGUAUGCCUUCUGGACAGAAUUUGACAGCUUCUGCAGAAUCUGGUCGGUUAGGAAAUCCUAUGUCCGGAAAUGCUCUGCAGGCCUCUCUUGCAGAUGCUAUGUAUCUUCAGUACCUUAGAUCAGCUGAAUAUGCUGCACAGGCUGCUGCUAUGAAUGACCAGUCUCCUGAUAAGUAUUAUAUGGAGUUACUUCAAAAGGCAUAUCUUGGAUCUGUAAUGUCUCCUCAGAAAUCACAGUUUGGGGCUCCUAUGGGAAACAAAUCUGGUGGUUCUAAUCAUGGUUACUAUGGGAAUCAUGCAUAUGGGGUGGGCAUGGGAUAUCCUGGAAGUCCACUGACCAGUCCUGUUAUUCCAAAUUCGCCCGGUGGAGCAGGUAGUCCUAUUAGGCACAAUGAUUAUAGUAUGCGAUAUCCUUCUGCAAUGAGAAAUCUAGGGAGUGGUGCCAUGGCACCUUGGCACUUGGAUGGCACUUUUGGAUCCUCGCUUUUGGAGGAGUUUAAGAGUAAUAAGACAAAGUGCUUUGAGCUUUCAGAAAUUGCUGGCCAUGUUGUUGAGUUCAGUGCCGAUCAGUAUGGAAGUCGUUUCAUCCAGCAAAAACUUGAAACUGCUUCAACUGAAGAGAAAAAUAUGGUGUUUGAAGAAAUUAUUCCCCAAGCUCUUUCCUUAAUGACUGAUGUGUUCGGAAAUUAUGUGAUUCAGAAGUUUUUUGAGCACGGGAUGGAUACUCAAAGAAGAGAUCUUGCCGGCAAGCUUGAUGGUCAUGUGUUGACCCUUAGCCUGCAAAUGUAUGGAUGUCGUGUUAUUCAGAAGGCUAUUGAAGUUGUUGAUCUGGAUCAAAAGAUCAAAAUGGUUCUAGAGCUUGAUGGUCAUAUAAUGCGAUGCGUGCGUGAUCAAAAUGGGAAUCAUGUUAUCCAGAAGUGCAUUGAAUGUGUCCCUGAAGAGCAUAUUCAGUUUAUUGUUGAAUCAUUUUUUGAUCAAGUUGUUACUCUUUCAACUCAUCCUUAUGGGUGCCGUGUGAUUCAGAGAGUUCUGGAGCACUGCAAAGAGCCACUGACACAGAGCAAAGUUAUGGAUGAGAUUCUGGGUUCAGUUAGCAUGUUGGCGCAAGAUCAGUAUGGAAAUUAUGUUGUUCAGCAUGUGCUGGAACAUGGAAAGCCACAUGAACGGACGGCUAUAAUCAGGGAGUUAGCUGGGAAGAUAGUUCAAAUGAGCCAACAGAAGUUUGCGUCCAAUGUUGUUGAAAAAUGUCUGUGUUUUGGUAAUGCAGAAGAACGAGAAAUUCUGGUAAAUGAGAUGCUUGGCACUACUGAUGAAAAUGAGCCACUUCAGGCGAUGAUGAAAGACCAAUUUGCGAACUAUGUUGUACAGAAGGUAUUGGAAACCUGCAGUGAUCAGCAGAGGGAGCAUAUCCUAUCUCGAAUUAAGGUUCAUUUGAAUGCACUCAAGAAAUACACUUAUGGAAAGCAUAUUGUUGCACGUGUAGAAAAGCUUGUUGCUGCGGGAGAGAUGCUGCUACUUCUUGGGAAGUUCGAUUAAGGAAUUACCUUACCUAUCCUCCCUCCAAGAAAGGAGAAUCGCGGGGCAGUGUCCACAGCCUGCAUAAGGUGGUGGGAUAGGAAAUCAGAGAGUAUGUACAGCUGACUGAAGCUACUUACACUAUGCUUCAUCUUUUUCCAGCCUUUUUUUUUUUGUUUUUUCUUUUGCGUAAGAUCUAGAGCCAUUGCUCCACCAGUCCUUUGAGAGGAGUUGGUUAGGGAGCCCAGGAAUAAAGGUUGUUGCUUUUGUACUUGGGGAAAUUGUACAUUUUGUAGUUUUAAGGCUAUACAUAGAAUCGAGCGAGCUGUGCUGCAGAUGUGAUAUAUGCUUGUGCUCCUGCAAAGAUUUUUAAAAAAUAUGAGCAUACAGGGGUGUAAAAAUGAAUCAUUAAAAUGGUGAAGGGUAGGUUUUUUUUCUAGUGAUCGAUCCGAUUCGUGACUGUACAAAUGUGGCUAUGUCAAGAGAGCUGUUGGUGUCCUAGGAAGCUCAAAAAAUUUUCUUGUAUGGUAUCGAUGUUCUUUCUAUUUCCCAGAAGAAAAAAGUUAUUAUGGAGAA